AUGCAUUUGAUGUACACUUUGGGCCCAGACGGCAAGAGAGUCUAUACUUUGGCUAAGACCACCGAGGAUGGUGAAAUCACCAAGUCUGCGCACCCAGCCAGAUUUUCCCCAGACGACAAGUACUCCAGACAGAGAGUGACUUUGAAGAAGAGAUUUGGUUUGUUGCCAACCCAGAAU